GGCGGAGGUCAAUGGCGGGGCCAGCCGGCCUGGCGGAAGCCAUCGUUCCAACAUGGCGGCCGAGGCGGACGGGCUGUUCAAACGGGUGCUGGUGCCGAUUCUUUUACCUGAGAAAUGCUACGACCAACUUUUCGUCCAAUGGGACUUGCUUCAUGUUCCCUGCCUCAAGAUUCUCCUCAGCAAAGGCCUUGGGCUGGGCAUCGUGGCCGGGUCACUUCUAGUAAAGCUGCCCCAGAUACUUAAAAUCCUGGGAGCCAAGAGUGCAGAGGGACUGAGUCUCCAGUCAGUGAUGCUGGAGCUAGUGGCGUUGACGGGAACUGUCGUCUACAGCAUCACCAACAACUUCCCCUUCAGUUGCUGCAGGCAGCCACCAACUACCACAACGGGCACACAGGCCAGCUCUCGGCCAUCACAGUGUUCAUGCUGUUUGGGGGCUCCUUGGCCCGAAUCUUCACUUCGGUUCAGGAAACUGGAGACCCCCUCAUGGCUGGCAUCUUUGUGGUCUCCUCCCUCUGCAAUGGUCUCAUUGCUGCCCAGGUCCUCUUCUACUGGAAUGCAAAGCCUCCCCCCAGACAGAAAAAGGAGCAAUAGUGUGGAGCCAGCAUCCAGAAUCAUUCCAUUUCCAUCAUCCACUCAACUUCUCCUCCUCCAUUCCUCUAAGGGCCCCUCUGGAGCCAGGGUGUGUGAACACUCAUUUCACCUGGGCUGAGCCUCCGGCCUUGAAGCCGCUGUUUUCUUACUGGAGCGGAAGCUUGCCUUGUCCACUCACCUUCUGGACGGAGGAGAGCCUGGACAAAUGUGGUUGUGAGCUUGUGGCUGCUUCCCUUUGCCACCUGGCUGGGACAAUCUAUUGGACCCCGGUCUGGAGGUGGGGGGCGGGGAAUGACUCAGAUAAGGGCCUCAGGGUGGGGUGGGGAGGUUCCUGCUGUGGCAGGUCCAGACGGAAGGGUGUGGAGAGGCAGGGUUUGCUGUAGUGGUGAGCGUACAGAUGGGACAAUAAAAGACUCGGAGACGUGC